AUGCAUUCACCCGUGAAGGGAUGGAUUCUAGCUCAGACUAGUUCAGCCUUGCUGGAUCUUCAGAGAAUAACGUCCGUCACCCUAGACGAGUCUUCCCUAUAUAUGACGUUCCUCAGCGUUGGGUUCGUUGUCGGUUCAUUCAUGUAUGGAGUUGUCUGCAACCAUGUCGACAAAUAUAUCGUACAGUUUCUCGCCCUGACGCUCGCAGCUAUUGUUCUGGCCGCCAUUCCUUGGUGUCGCAUCCAUGUCGCCAUGGUUACUGCACACGCCAUCGUUGGGUUCUGUAACGGAAUCAUAGAUUCAGUGGUAAAUGCAGAGAUGCUAGCCGUCUGGGGAAAUGGUGGACGAAGUUUCAUGCAGGCAAUGUAUUUCAGCGACUCGAUUGGUGGAGUUAUCUCCCCUAUUGUGACAGCCCAGUUUUUGUCCUUCCGGAAACUAUAUCAGCAUAAUAUGCCGGAUCACUCAACUGCCAAUGAUGGAAACAAUGCCACUUUAAUAACAAUGCCUACUACUGAUUUGUAUAUCGAACAUACCAAUACUCUCAACAAAAGUGGAACCUUUUUAUUUAACGUCACUGAACGUGACUUGCAUAUGCCUAUAUCUUUCUAUCAUUCAUCUCAGCUAUAUAUUGCGUAUAUAAUAUCGGCCUGUGUUUGUAUAUUUGUUGCAAUGGCCUUCCUGCUUAUGUUCUUCACUUUCAAUCGUGACAUUUACUCUGAUAGAGCUGUAACGGAAAUGACGUCAUCGAAAAAUAUUUCAAAAUAUAGAAAGAUAAUUAUCCUUAUCAACAUGGGUUUAAUGGCUUGCAUAUACACCGCAAUAGAAGAAUCGUUUUCUGGGUUUCUGCCAGCCUUUUGCAUUUCCCAGUUAAAUUGGUCUAUGUCGAACGCUUCCUACGUCCUAUCUGUAUUUUAUAGUUGUAUUGGGCUUGGGAGACUGGUAGGCGUCUUCUGGGCCUCAUACUUGAAUCCAAAGAAUAUCCUUGGUGUGCUGUGUUUACUGAUUUCAGUGACGCUCACUAUCAUACUGUGGUGUGGUCUACACCAUUCCGAUAUCGGUAUAUGGCUGUCAGUGGCAUUCAUAGGCUUUUUCUUCGCAGUCAUUCUUCCUACGGUCUUCACAUGGACGGAAGAAGAUUUUUUCCCGGUUACUGGACACAUUUCAUCGUAUCUUAAUAUCGCAGCUAAUUGCGGUGCCACUAUUAACCCUGUUGUUAUUGGAACGCUGAUGGAAAACUGUUCACCGAUGUGGUUCACUUACAUUUUCCUGAUCGAGUCUUUUGUAUUGCUGAUGACAUAUGUUAUUGGAAUAUUGCUCUCACGACAUAACAGAGCAAAUCAGAAUGAGAACGCUUACCAGGAAAUGAAAUAG